AAGCUGACUUUCCCAAGAGCUGUGCGCUCUUCUAUUCUAGGAAACAACCAAAAGAACAAGAGACGGCUGAAGACAGAGCUUCUCUGCAAACGCCCUCGCGGCAGCCUGUGCGGCAUCUCUGGGAAGGAGGGCAAGAUGGGAUCUCCCAUUAUUGGGAGAUGUCCGCACCUGUUGACAUUCUGACGUUGUUUUCAGCUGAAGAACUGCUAAAUCCUGGAUUUCUGCACUGACUGUCAGACUCAAGAAGCUUCGUAUUUCAGUAACUAUUUUAUUAUCUAUCAGUUGGAAGGAAGACUGGGAACUCCCUUUGGAAAGAACAAACAAAUGAAAUCUAUGAAUAUGUGAAUCAAAUGCUUUGAUUUAGAGAUCAGCCAAGGAAUGCCAGAAAGGUCUCCUGACUUACCUAGAGAAAAAUCUGUGAAGUUUGAACCAGCAGCUUUCCCGAAAUGUACCGAAUAUCUCAACUGAUGUCAACACCAGUGGCAAGUAAAUGUUCUUCCGAGUCCGACAGAAAAUAUGCCAGAGAGCUGUCUCCCACGUACAUUUUCCCGAGUUUGGCCUGUGACUUCCUGGCUGGUGACAGCUCCUUUGACUGUGGCUCCACGGACCCCCUGACGGGCUCCUACCUUCCCUGUCGCCGAAGUCCCAGGCUCCUCACCAACGGCUACUACAUCUGGACAGAAGACAGUGUCCUCUGUGACAGAGACGGCCACAUAACUCUGAGCCCGUCCCAGACCAGUGUGACGUACAAGGAGAACUCGGUUAGGAUAUUUAGAAAGAAAAAGAGAACUCGCCGCUCCUUCUCUUCUCUCUUCAACCUCAGAGCCUCGAAAUCCUGGCUGCACGGGAGUAUCUUUGGUGAUGUCGACUCUUCCCCAGGCGAGGACAUCUGGUUGGAGGGAGUCAGCAGGCUGGACAUGCAGCAUUGCAACGGAAAUGGAGGGGAUCGUGACGGCUCUCUGACCGAUGGCUGGGAGUCAGAGAAGCCGAGAGCAGAGCCUGUGGCAGCCUCCUCUUCAGGCCCCGUCGCACCUGAGACUCCCGGGAAGAGCUCCCACAGCCCGUCCCCGCGGUCCCAGCUGACGGCUUCUGAUCGUCUCCCGGAGAAGGUCUUGGAUCAUUUGAAAACCAGUUUGUUGGGAGAGAUCUCUUUUCAAACGAUUCUGCUUGCUGCAUGCUUGAUCAUUUCUGCAUGUGCAAGAUGGUUUCUGGGCGGAAUGCUGGCCAGUGCCCUCACGUGCUCCUGCAUGGUAACUGUUGCUUGUUUGCCAGAAUUUGACAAGCCAUUCAGGAGAGCCUCCGAUGAACGUCUUCAAUCUGAAUUGCUGGAAAUUGUCCGAGUUGCAGCCUGCUUGGAAUCAGCUGCUUUACUGGAAGGGAGUGCGCAGAUAGAUACUAGAGAAAUACCUUUUUAAGCUGCUUAUGGGAUAAUUUAAAAAAUCUCAGUUUUGCCCUCAUAAUAUGUUUAUGAAAGUAAUAUUAAUUCAUCCUCCCCUUGCCAACACUAGCAGGGGAAAGGGAAAUGGAAUAGAGAACACAGCACCCAGGGAAAAUAUUGUCCUUUUAUUCCCUAAGGCCAUGGUGCUCGAGCAUUAAUUUUUAUUUGAGAAUUCUAGGGGACACUUGUAACGAGGCAGAUUCCUGGGCCUGCCCACAUGGGCUUCUCCUCACUCAGCUGAGUUAGUUGAAUGAGGAAAGCCAGUUGGUACUGGUAUCACCACCAAUACCAUCUUGAAAGUAAACAAAUGCAGCCCGUACUUAAAAUGCAACCCAGGCACAGUCAUUCUUUUUCCUGAAGGAGCGGCUCCAUAUUUGGUGGCGAUGGUAGCUAACGGGUGAUGGAAAAUUGGCAGCUCGGGGGCCGUGUUCAGGAAGGUACAUUCUCCUUCUGAACCAUUGCCUUUACCAAGUGUUCAGCCUCAUCGGGGCUCCUGAGAACGUUCCGCUGAAACCGCACUGAAGAUCCAACACAGAAGACUUCCUUGAGGGGAAAAGAAAGGCGAAACCCCAGGGCGCUUUGAGAGACGCGGCAGUGGUGCCACGGCAACACCGGCUGUGGGUGGCAGACGGCGCCCCCUUGCCAUCCCUCUGGCUUGGGAUACGUUCCCGAUCGUGCCUUGCCAUUCAAAUUUGCUCUCUGUGACGUUCUCUGAGUGGAAACCUGUGUGGAGAAAUUGCUUAAAACAGUCAUGUCAAAAUAUCAGUUCUUAUGUUGUUUGUAUGUAGAGCAUUUUGGGUUGAAAAGGAUGGUGUUCUUCUGAUAGAUGGAGGCAACAGCAAGUUACACAUGCGUGUUGCAACACGAGCCAUCACGGAGGGGAGUCGUUCACAGAGCACUAUAUAUCAGUUUCUCGUAACUUCUGAAACAGAUGGCCACAAGCCAGGGGCUUAAACUAUGUGAAUUCGUUGAUUUAUGUUUCCAGAGGUCGGGAGCUAAGCUCAAGGCAUCGACGGCCCUGUUUUCUCUCGGAACGCUUUGGGGACAGACUUCUUCCUGCCGGGCUCUCCCGGCUGCCUGGCUUCGGUCUUGCUACUCCCGUGUCUGGGUGGCCCUCGCCUGCCUCUCCCUCUUGGAACCUUGUCAUCCGUCUAGAGUCCCCUGAGCCCUCACCGCCACUUGGGAGGCUUUCCUCGAAUCCUCCAAGAUGAUUGACAGGCUUCCUCCCUGUUGCUGUGCCCUCUGAUCUCAGCUCCUCCUGGACGUCUCGAAGGGUUUGCAAUUCUUGUUUGCGGCUUCCCAACUAGUUGUUGACUGUGUUUGAAGACCACGUGGUCAUCACGGCCCCAGGCUCGUCCAGGUCUUCACGGCCCCUGCUCUUCCGUUACUACUAAAUCCCUAGAAUUUCUCCCCAGGUGUUUUCCGGAGUGUCCAACGUGGCCAGG